AUGGUGUUGGUGGUGGUAUUGGUGAUUGUGGUGAUUGUGGUGGUUUUAGUGGUGAUGACGAUAGUGUUGGUGGUGGCGUUGGUGUUGGUGGUAAUGGUGAUGGUGGUGGCGUUGGUGUUGGUGAUAAUGGUGAUGGUGGUGGCGUUGGUGGUAAUGGUGAGGUGGUGGCGUUGGUGUUGGUGAUAAUGGUGUUGGUGGUGGCGUUGGUGUUGGUGGUAAUGGUGAUGGUGGUGGUGUUGGUGUUGGUGGUAAUGGUGUUGGUGGUGGCGUCAGUGAUGGUAGUGGUUCUGGUGGUGAUAGUGUUGGUGGUGAUGAUGGUGGUGUUAGUGGUGUUGGUGUUUUUGGUGAAGGUAGUAGUGGUAGUGGUAGUGGUGGUGGUGGUGGUGAUGCUAAAGGUGGUGGUGGUUAUCCUGUUAGCAUUUCAAUUAAUAAUAGUUACUGUACGUCUCGUAUCGUAGCUCAAAAGUGUGGUGUGCAAGCAAAAACAGAUUUCAGCCCUUUGGUGAACAAUACACUCACUACUCUUACCUUUAUCUAUUGGAUUGACUUUAAGACUUGGAUUGGUAUCGAGGUAGCUAUUGGAGUCUUAAAACAAAAUAAAAUCUUGAUGUAAUGAUUUUAAUAAUGCUGUUCGUAUCUCCUUGCAGUUUUCUCAUCAAGUGGGGCUAAGACAUGGCAACAAAGAUCUCAUCCUAGAGUUAAAAAGCAAAUAGUGUGGUCAUUAGAGUGUAAAACAUUUGAAGUAACUAUUAGCUAUGUUCGAUUCUACGCAUUUAUAUAAUUUGUUUCACUUGUAGGCUAUGUUAUGGAAUAAAGUUUUCAGUCCUAUUUCUGUCGCUAUUUUUGCAUUUAUGAGGUAGUAUUUUUGCUCGGUGAACGAAAAGGUGGUGGUAGUUAAAUGGACAUUCCCAGAAAAUUUACAGAACGCUGGGAAAUGCUAAAUGAAAUGUACGAUAAACAAGCCCUGUCAUACACAUACCAUAAUAAGACAAGUUUAAAGCAAGGGGCACACAUACACCAACCCACGGCCUGGCCAGUACCUCACGCAUGCGCACAGCCAUAUCAUCCAGGCAGUACGUGGCAGCCAUGGACGGCUGUUUGGCCCUUAUUGGGGCUCAUCAGCGUGGCAUAGCUGUCGGUUCUAUGAACGGGCAAACCCGUGUCUCAAAAACCCUUUACUGCUGAUGAAUAAAAUCUUACAUUAUUUUCACUAAAUAGAAAAUUUACAUAGGUAAAACGGGCAAAACAACGUGCAACUUGUUUCGAAGCAUUGCUGCAAAACGAAUUGCAUUUUGAGCGUUUUGCCACCCACGUUCAAAUCUGUCUUGUAACAAAUCAGCUUGUGCAAAAUUUUGUGGCGAAAACAAAUAGCAUUAUGGGGAACAUGAAAGCCGCAGAUAACGCCUGUUCGAAGAACCUCUACAUGGGAGAGAGGCUAAAGGCCAAAUAUGGCUUGUUUGUGGAUAUUAUACAAUACCGCGAUUUAAACCAAAAUCCCAGGGUGAACUUCGUGUUUUAUUGGGAAAUGUUUGUUCUGUGCUGUGCUUAUCCAUAUCAUAAACAUCUUCAUUUCCGUUGACCCUCAAACUUGGAAAGAAUCAAAUUGAAAAACCUCUUCUCUCUAAAAUCAAGGAUGAAGCCCACGAAGACCUCAGCACACCAUUCUCCUGUCUUGAAUUAAGGAGGUGGGAUCUUGAUGUCUUGUGUCGUGAAUGCUAACGCAGAAACUUCACGAUUUCACAGUUUCAAGGGUUUAUUCCAAAUAGGAAAAGUUCACUGCCAAAGGUACACACGAAAUCUAAACCCAACUAACUAAAAAAAAUAACAUGCUUAAAAACAAGGUAUUGAAAUUGAUCCCUUAAUGAUAUACAUUCCGAUCACUACCACGAUAAUUGAGUGUCCAUCUUACUUGUCACGCAAUGUUGUAAUCUCACACACUUGAUCCCAUCCCUCCGAAAGCAAGGAUGAAAGAAUGAAAAUUAAAUAUUUCCUACACUUAAAUUGACUGGCCCGCCAAGAUAAGCUCUAGUUACCUGCGGGCCAGCACAGUGCACUCUUGUAAAACUCAAUAAGGGAAAUAAAGACUAUUUUUGUUGUUAAAGCACACACAAGAGAGGGAAAGGGGGUCAUAAUUUUCCGUCAAUUUUUUCGAAGACUGUAGUUCCGGACGUUUUUCCUACGAAGGGGACCCUGGACAUGAAGUUGGAGCAUUGCGUCAUUUGUCACCUUCUGAAUGCUUAACUCACUUACGCGAUAGUCAGUGGAUAGUAACCUGGGUGUCGGGCUUUAAGAGUAUCGGAGGCGGGGAUAGGCUAACCCGGUGGUAGGUAUGCUUUGAGAAAGCAAAAUGCGGACGUGGAGCACCUUUACACCGACCCCAGCAGAGAGAGUCAGGAGAGUGGGGACCUGACUUACAGAAUAGGCCAUAAUGAUUGGAUGCAGUACAAUAGCUAGGGAACAGUGAACCUCUUGGGACCCUCUGGGCGACUUAUCACACUGGUAAAAGAGAGAAACAUCAAUAGAGGAGGAGGGAUGAGUUGAAAAACAUAUCAGUGGAUAAUAAAAGUUGUUAGGUGCCUAAGGGGCAAGGCAGAAGAAGUCAAAGGAGAGUUUGAAGGAAGAUAAGACUAGCACGAUUGACUAACGACGAUUUAGACGGUACGAUUUUUGCUGACGACUAUCGUACGAGACUAGCAUACGCCAUGACUUCACGUCAGAUCGUGUCGUGUAUUAACUAGUAGUAAUCAUAGAUCAAUAAGUGCGUUCGAGUUUUCUUAGCUCCAGAUUAGCUUUUGUGUCGUCAAGCAUGAUUUCAAAAUCAUGGAAGAGAUCAUGAAUUAAAAGGUAGACAUUCUUUUCGUAAAAAAUGUUCUUCGCGUAUACGGCUUCAAAAUAUCUCACUCAUUAACUCUCUACUCUUAAAAUGUCUUACUCUCCCUCAAGCAUGGUCGAUAAAAAUGUAAAGUAGAUCGUAAAAAGUUCUUUGUUGUUAAAAAGAUAAACAUGUCACUACAAACUUCGAAAAAAUGGUAGCCUUGAAGGUUAAAAGUCUUGGCUUCUUGCGUGACACAACUUGAAGUGAAAACAAUGAUCAUAGGAGCGACGGAAACAUAUUAGGUUUCUGCUAGAUUACUGAUGUCAGAGAACCGGACAGAAUCUUUUGCCAUUGUGCAAACUUUUCAUCUCAUGAUUAUUUUAAGUUCAUGUAGGUCAGUUCAACAUGUUUUAAACUUAGCUUGCUUCAGCGAGCGAGAUACUUAUCAUGCAAAAUUAUCCGCGUAGAGAUAUCAGACGUGAAUAAAGCAUUACAGUUGUAACAACCUGCACUGAUACGCUCAAGCUUACUUUUUCGUGCAUGAAAGAGGUUAAACUACAAAUAAGUAAAUAGACUCAAACGCACGGGUAAACUUCUCACGGCACAAAUGUUACCUGGUCUUUAUUUGUGUGUUUCUACGAAGUUCCAGCUCGAUUUGAACGGCAUUGACCGAAAAGUUUAGCAGAAUCAUCAGCUCAGUGAUAAAACCCGCUUAGAAAACAACUCCAACGUUCAUUCUUUUGCCGAACUCAAAUAUUCCCGUGUAAUGUAGUUGACCUUGAUGGAACCAGUGAUGCACGUGAUUGCCAUAUGACAAUUGCUUAUGACGUAAAUAAAGCUUGAACCACGAGGCAGAAUGCUUUGCGCAACGAAAUUGUGACGUCAUUCAAAAUGGCGCCGAAAAGGUGAACCAUGGAACGAAAAAACACGGGUCAGCUUUCGCUUGCGUGCACAGGAUACCUACGCGAUAACAGGCAACCCAGGAGAUUAGAAAGCGUUCUUCCUUCGUCGAACGCAAAAAUUAGACCCACGACAUCCGUACGACACGUGUGGAUGUCGUAAGUGAAAAUUGUGCGCUUGUGGAUGGUUGACGUUUGCUAGCCGAGCACGAACGUCGUAGAGGAUUGGGCUUUUCGCGGCCGCACGGAGACUAGUACUCGCAACCUGAUACCCUGCGUGCCACUUGCAUUAUCUUACUGAGAUUCUCCUGCAGUUGUUAUUUUCUGGUCGAUCAACACUUACUGAGUACAAGCUAAUCGCGCCCAACAAACGAAACCAUUGAUGGAAACCUCACUGAUCUUGACUUAACACACAAGCUGGUAUGUUAUACACUGCUCUAUGCAUUUUAUGUUUAACCCAUUUCUAACAUGUAACUGGACGCAAAUUAGUCAAUAACCAACCCUUGAGCACGCGAUUGCUGUCAAAGUAGUUACGGAAGUCGUCCUAGAAAGCAAGGCCUUCUGUUUUAUGUUUAGCUUAAGAAAUAGUUCUUCAUUUAAUUGUUUACCACUUUUGCUACAGCUUUUCAGUAGGAAUCUUAUCUUAACGUGAUUAGAAAUUCCCAGUGAAUAACUUGAAUGUAAAUUUCAAAGCGGAAGUGGAGAGGUGAGUCCGUAACCUGCCCGUACCUUGAUCUGAUAUCCCGCAGUUUUGCAGGGAUCUCUUUCUCCGAUUCUGAUUGGCAAAGUUUCUCUCUCGCUUUGCAAUUGGCCAAUUACUUAUUUAUACCGAUUACUUAACACUUUGCAAUGUGUACAUUUGUGAUGAUACAAAGAAAAUUUGCUUUCACUUUCGAAAGGUAGAGGCUAUGUGUGAUUCAUCUGUCGACCAUAAUACUUUAAGCUGACAUGUUGUAGAAAGAACGCACGAAAGGGUAAAUAGUAAGAGGCGUAACUUCGAUUAACGAUUUCAAAGUGAAAGAUUGUAGCUUCUUUGUCGAUUGGCCGCGAAGUGAAGGUCUACACACCGUUACGCCUCUUUUUGAGGAUAUUUACUAAGUAUAAUAUCUCAUAUACUAUUCUUUACAGACGAUUCGUUUCAAAUAACAAAGGUCAAUUACUUCAUCGGCUGCAUGUCUUCAUGCGAGUUAUUUUGUAGUCUGAAAUGUCAUGCGUCUCCACUUCCUAACCUGUGGGGGUCGCGGGGAAGAGAGACGUUCGAAUUCCGAGCGUUUUAUGACGUCUGGUGACGUCACCUACUAAUUUAUGCAUUUUGCGUAAAUUUCGCUUUGUAUGUAUGUAAACUAGAACCCGGAACUUGAACUCUACAGGGAAACGAAAAACAGUUCGAGUUAGCGGGGAAUUCGAGUUAUCGGGGAAACUUUCAGUGAAAGUUUGAUCAAGGGAAAGGAAAUUUAGUUCGAGUUCUCGAGCACUAGUUAUCCGGGUUCGAGUUAUCGAGGUUAAGAUCGUUUUCACUGUCACGCAACAAAACAAUAAAUUGGAAACCGUCCAGUGAAAGAAGCCAAGAAAAUGAUAUGUUAUAAAAGACUAAUUUUUAAACAAUUUGUCCAAGUCUCAGGUCUUUUUGGCCCACAGUUUCUGAGUUAUUUGCCUAAACGUUUCGCGCAUCUCUGUAGAGCUUUGUAUGGAGACGCCAUAUUGGUGCACAGUUUUGGUGCACCAAUAUGGCCGCCGAAAAUCAACAAAAACAUCUGGAGUACACUUUUUCUAUAAAAGCUCCUUCUUUUCACUCGAGAACUAGCCUACGUGGGCAUAAACAUAUCUUCUAAUACUUGAAAUGGUUAUACUGCUGAAAAUCAAGAGGAGAGACUUUUUUCAACGAGACAGCAUUCCCAUUUUGGUGUCACGCACUCCGAAAACUCGGAAGUUCAAAUUGCUGUAUUUUCGAAAUGAAACACGCUACGGGACUGAAAACUUGUACAAAGAUUAACUUUUUGUUUAUCUUCAUCCUAGUGUAAAUAAGAAUUCGUAAAACCUCGCUAUUUUGACUUUACAAUUUGAUGACGUCACUGUGAAAGCCAUCUAUACACGGAACAGCUUAGUUUUAUACUGGAGCUCAGGCUUUUAAUGAUUUGCCACCCCAUCUGAAGGAAGUUGACUCCAUAGUGAUUUUUAAAACACUUCUCAAUGAUAUUAUUUUUUAGAGUUCUUGUUAAUAUUUUGGAGUUUUUUUGGCGUCUCAAUUUACGUAGAUAUAUAAUUCUUAGUUUUUAUCCAUCGACAUUGUACAUCAGUUUUUACAUUUUUUGAUAGUUGUUCUGUUAUAGUUAUUUUUCCUUUAAUUGUUCAUUUUUUAGUUGCCCAGGGCGCCCAUUUAUAGCUGACGGGUUUACUUUGGUUAAAUAUGUUUAAUAUUAUUAUUAUUAUUAUUAUUAACUCCUUUACAUGAAAACGACCGGUCACCAUACCCAAAACCAAAAUCAAGAGAGACAGGCUUAAAGCGUUCCGUUAUUUGCAUGCGUCUAAAUCUCAAACUUACUCAGCGAAGACAGGUAGGGCGGUUGCGGGGGAAGAAGGGUGCACCUUCUCUCUUCGAAAACUGCCCCUUAAAAAGUAGACGUCACGAAAACACAAGUCAACUCCUAGGUGGCGCCUUAUAUUUUGGUGCAUGUCCUUUUUCCCCAUGAUCUCCAUCCGAUGCAAUUAAUGUUCCUCGACAAGUAAAAACAAGUCUUAUUUUCUCGUGCAAGGGACAGGGGCACCCAACGACAGCUUUCUGUAAAUAUCUGUUCGGAGAAGCAAAAAUUGCCUAGAAAUUUCUGUACCUUGGGGAUGGCUAAGAAUUUCUAGAUGACCGUUCCGUUCGGGUACAAUUUUCGAAGCUUAUCUAUAUAUGGUUUUCACAGUGACGUCAUCAAAUUGUAAAGUCAAAAUAGCGAGGUUUAACGAAUUCUUAUUUACACCAGGUUGAAAAUAAACAAAAAGAUAAUCUUUGUACAAAUUUCCAUUCCCGUAGCAUGUUUCAUUUCGAAAAUACAACAAUUUGAACUUCCGGAGUUUUCACAGUGCGUGACACCAAAAUAGGAAUGCUGUCUCGUUGAAAAAAGUCUCGCCCUCUUGAUUUUUAGCGGUAUAACCAUUUCAUGUAUUAGAAGAUAUGUUUAUGUGCACGUAUGCUAGUUCUCGAGUGAAAAUAAAGAGCUUUUGUAGAAAAAGUAAACUCCAGAUGUUUUUGUUGAUUUCCGGCGGCCAUAUUGGUGCACCAAAACGGUGCACCAGUAUGGCGUCUCCAUACAAAGCUCUACAAAGGUGCGUGAAACGUUUCAGCAAAUAACUCAGAAACUGUGGGUGACAAAGACCUGAGACUUGGACAAAUUAUUUAAGAAUUAGUCCUCUAUAACAUUUCAUUUUCUUGGCUUCUUCCACAGGACGGUUUCCAAUUUAUUUUUUUGUUGCGUGACAGUGAAAACGAUCUAUUAAAUUCCCUACGAUUUUCUCAAGUUUAAUUUUUCGCAUUUUUCUCCCCAGAUUAAGCUAUUUUUCGCAGAAAAAGGAAACCUAAAAUUUUCGGAUUCGAAAAUGCGAUGGAAAGAGGGAUCAGAAAAAUUCUCAAUUUCGUAAUACUUUAAAUUGCAUUUUUUAUUUUCGGGAAAAUAAUACUGAAGCCCUGGUAAUUUCGAAAAGACUCAAGUUGCCCUAGGAAGACCGAACAGAUAUAAAUUUUAUAGCGCCGAUUAGAAUGGAUUUUUAAAAGUUUAAGAGUACUCUGAAUAGCCUAAAGAGUUUUUUCAAUGCAUUUAGGAGGAAACCGUUGUUGGGUGCCCCUGAAGGGAGUCAACUUUACACUGGAGAAACACGACGAACAAUGUUUGCACGAAUUGUGAAAUUGAUUGGAGUUCUGGGGCUGAUAAUGAAUCGCCAUUUAUAAAGGAUACAGUACUCAUACCACCUGCUCUGAGAGCUCAGUGUUAUUGCUUCUAGAACACUUCAUCCUACUCCAUUCAUCUCUAUCUUGUCUCCUAUUCCGGCUGCAUGUUUCCUUACCCUUUCUACUUAGUCUUUCUUAAAUGGUCUUCCUCCAGUCAGCCACAGCGCCAUAAAUCUUCAGUCAUCAUGUGACUGUGGACAAGAAUUGGUCAUUGUGUUUUGUACAAUUUUUGGUUUGUUUUUUGUUGUGGUUUCCUCUUGAGAAUUAGAAGUCAUAUUCAGGGGCGUAGCCCAGAUUUUUCCAGAGGUACGCACAAUAAUCCACGAUAAUCUUUUUAAGCAUUAUUUUCAUUUUGUGACUUCUCAACAAUAGAAAUAUUCAUUACAACUUUACUGACAAUAUUAUAAAUUAAGAAAAAACAGACAGUUAAGCCUAGACUGGUUCAAAGAAAGUAUCUUUCAAUAAAACAUCGAGAUGGGAUUAUGCUCUACUUUUUUCUCGGCCUGUGAGUUUGGAAAGCGAAGACAGGGCAUUUUAUACACUUUAAAGGUUAUCACAGACGACCAAGUUAAAUCUUGAUGUUACAAUAUUACAGAAGCUUAGCUCUCUUACUUAUUCUGAAACAAAUCAAUUAUGACAAUUACCCUAAAAUUCCAAAAAUAAGCCCCUCCAAAUAUAAGCCUCCCAAACUGGUAACGCAAAAAACCCUCCGUUAAAUCGCCCCUCCAAAUAUAAGCCCCGCGGGGGCUUGUACUUAGAAAAUUGCCCUCAAAUACAAAGUAAAACAAAGCCAAAACGGUAAAUUUCCUUCCAGCUCAAGGCUAGCCCAAUCGAUUUUGAAACGCAAAUUUCCCUCCGUAGAUAAGCCCCUCCGAAUAUAAGCCCCUCCAAAAAUAAGCCCCUCAAAAAGGGCCUUUGAAAAAUAUAAGCCCCGGGGCUUAUUUUCGGAAUUUUACGGUAUUUUAUUAUGCCUCCACUGAACGUAGUUUGGACUAAUCAACUUAAAUGACUGUUAUAAAUGUCUUUGCCAUGAUCUUUCAUCUUUCGUUCUUCCUCUUCAUCAACAUCUUCUCCAAAAAGCAAACUGCUUUGUUAGUAUCUGCAUCAAAUUCGUGUUUUCUCGAAAAAAAAUAAAGAAGAAAAUGGAAUUAUUCUCGAAACCAUAGUUAAUUGAGUGGAAUGGUUAUGAAACCCGUCAGACUCCUUUGUUAUAUGUUUUUGUGGAACUGAAAGUACACAACGUUCAAAAGAAUUCCUAUCAUUUUGAUUGUAUUGACCAAUAAAAACGUUGCAUUAAUUUAUUCCGUAACAAUUUGCCAACAGAAAAGAAAGGAUUUUGCACUUUCACGGUACUUCCAACAUAAAGUGCAGCACUGUUGUUUUUAUCAUUGAUGUUUGCCGCUUUUCAUAACCAGUCUCCUCUAAUAACUAUGUCGAAACUGAUCUUUAUAAAUCUCCUUCGAGAACUCAGGAUUUGGGAUGAUUUGAUAAAAGAUCAAAUCAUUUUCCUCAAAGUAGGUGAUCAGUUUUUUUAUUUCAAGUAACCUUUUCUCUUUACGAUGUAUUGAUAUAUAUUUAGGAGAAAAUUGAAGUUGGUCACUGAGAUCUCUUUCCUUCCCAAACAGCCAAGCCUAGACGGCAAGCAGUCUCUCUUGUUGCUCGAAAAUCUAUGAGAAACUGCGAUAUGCGAACAUGCGAAAGCAGCUCGUUGCGCAGGCUCCAGUACGAGCGAAAAGAGAGGCUGCUCUGGUUUCAUACAGCAUUUCUGUAGCACUGUAUAUGCAUGCAGGAUGUUUGGCGCCUAGACUACGGACCCCGGACAAAUGUAACUGCGCUGUAAGGAAAGGUAGGGGGUAGAUGUCGAUAUGGGCUCGAUAUAUACGGUCGGUAAUGUGUAGGUGUGUUCAGUGGCACUUUGUAAUAAAAUUGUCGCACUUUGUAAUACCUGUCGCACUUUGUAAUAACACGAGUCACACUUUGUAAUAACAGACCAUCGCACUUUGUAGUAAAAUAAGUUGUCGCGCUUUGCAAUAAACUUGAAAUGGAUGACGGAGAACAAAAACCCAAUGAUUUAUUAUCUUAAAAAAUGACGUCAUUCAUUGUUAAAGCUAAGAAGGAACUGGAACCCUUCGUGGCCUACCCACAGAUGUCAAGUUUACAAUCAACUGUGCAAAGUUAAUACUCGUUUUCGUGACCCAUAUGCUGGCUUUUCAGAUUUCGCCACGUAUUUGUGGCGGGGUGGGUCUUCAAGUGGUGUCGUGUUUGAAUUACGGCGAAUAAUCUCAAAUUAAAAAAGGGCAAAUGUUUGGCUGGUCCUGCGUUAUAUAGCUCUAAGAUUGUUUAUCAUCAUGGACAUUUGUGUAGGUAAUAGCAUGAUUUGUAGUGAUAUUUGGCAUAAAUACCACGAGUGAUAUUUCAAAAUUGUUAUACUUAAUUUCACGAGGCGAUAGGCGAGUGAAAUUUGAGACAAUUUUGAAAUAUCACGAGUGGUAUUUAUGCCAAAUAUCACGUACAAAUCAUGCUAUUAUUUGUUCAUACUACUACCCGAAAAAAGGUCUGUAAUUUUCACAUGUAGGUAUUUCAAAUUUAGCUGAAAUACCACUGCUCGAAGCUAAUCAAAUUGCAGAAAUUUCUCACGAAGUAGUAUAAUUGGCGAAACAAGUAGCAUACUUCGAAGCUCUAGGCACAGACACCUCAAUAUUUAGCUAGGGAUAAAGAAUUAACUUGUGCGUCAAAAGACGAAAAAUGCCUUGCUACAACUUACAAAGAAGAUGGAACUUGAGCAUAAACGUUCGAAACUGAGAUCUUUUGUUAAUAUCAUUGUACUUAAGAUUUGUUCUAGCGCUUUCGAAAGUUCUUCAAAUUAGCAGUCAUUGUGACACAAUGACGUGGGCAAAUGAUAUGCAAGAGUGCGAUAAUAACAGUUAUAAUAAAUUAUGGUAAUAAUUGUGGCACCGUGUUAUAAUCGAUGUUAACUUUGUGUUUUUUGGUUCUACGAAAUAUUAGUAUAGCGCUUUUUUCAAGGCAAUAAACACUAAACUCUAGUUAUAUCUCUGGUCAUAUCCUCGCAGGGACUGAAACUGGAUUUCUUCGCUUCCCGUGCUACUAGUAAAACUUUCAAAAUAUUUUGCUUAUACAGUCACGGACACCUUACUUUAAUGGAAAACCCGAUCAUACGGAUAGCAGCUAAAUUCCAAUACAAAAUCCCAUCACUACGUACGGACUCUCGCUUUACGGACACUAUCUCAUGUAAAUGGUCUCAAGGUCGUCCACAUAGAGAGAGUUGUACUUUUCUACAAAGAUCUUGAAGCCGGAAGGUCGCAGUUGAUGUGAACACUUUCCUCCGCCCUCAGUUGAGAAAUUGGUGCUGAAAACCGUUCAGAAUGUUAUUAUUAUUAUUUUAUAUUAUUAUUAUUAUUAUUAUUAUUGUUGUUGUUGUCGAUGAUGAUACUUAUUAUUGGGUUUGCUUGUCCUCCGUUCAUGCAUUUCAAGUUUAUUCAAAGUGUGACAGUUUAUUUUAUUACAAAGAUGCGAUGGUCUGUUAUUACAAAGUGCGACAUCUUUUUUAUUACAUAGUGUAACAAGUGUUAUUACAAAGUGCGACAGAACAAGGUGGAGGAGUAGGAGAAACAAUUGAAAUCUGGUGGUGGUGGUGGUGGUUGUAGGAAAGCAAUAGAAAUGUGCAAAAGCAAAAAAGGGAGGAGAAAAACACCUUUUUCAUGGUAGAUAAGCUAGUUUGCCUUCCUUCUCAUUAAAAAUGAACGAUUUGCGGGCCAGGAAUCACUGAACGGGAACUGCAACCAUUUUUUUGCACAAUGAAAGCGGCAGGAAGUAAAACUUGCAUACCGUAACUACGUUAAGACUCAGUUAUUUUCAAGUCACAGGCACCUUAGUGCUUAUUCCUUCAAUAAUAUAGAUCAACCAAUGAAUACGUUUCUUAGUGUUGGUCAAUAAAUCCGAAAACAAGACCUUCAUCGAUCUAGAAAAACCUGUCCAACAGGUUAAACCUCCUAAAAAGUAGCACGUGAGAAUCCCCCGCAUUUUAUCCAUGAGAUAAUGCUCUGACGUCAUCGGCGUUAAAGUGUUCCCUUCGACACUAAUGAGAUUUCAUCUUCAAAAAAGGUCAAUUUUUUCCCCACUGUACUACUUUCAUCAUGCGUUUUUUUCAAUUGUAUGCGUGCAAAUCCUCACUGCAGCACAUGGGAAGUGAAAUGGUUGUCGGUAUCGUGAUAAACAUUCUAGGAAAAUCCAAAGCCAGCCUAGCAGUAAUUUAGCUGUGUUGUAGCAGCGAGAGUUUACAGUAGUUGUGAAUAUACUGAUAAAUUGACACUUGAAUUUUCAAUUGCUACUAAUAGUUGAAAAAUUUGUUAAAAGUAAAGCACUGUUUACUGGUUAAGUUAGCUGGAUUUCCCGCGGGGGUACUCUAGGGAAUUCUUGGUGGGGGUGUGCCACCAAGCUCUUCAAAUCCUGACCCUAUUUCAGACCAAAAACGUUGAUUUUCUACACCCACUUUCAGCCCAGACCUGUAAAAUCCAUACCCGUUUUCAGACCUGGCCUUUAACCAGAAAUUAGGGACUGUGCAAUAAUUAUCAGGAGGGGGAGGGGGCUGAAAAACUAGAGUUAUCUAGCAAAAACGUAGACAGCACCCCCCUCCAAAACAAAAAAAAAAUAGUUCUAAACCCCCCUCUAUUAUUUUUAAAAUAACGUCGUCACCCUGAACGUCGCUCCUCCCCCAACUCCUACCACACUGACUCAAAACUGGACUGAGCUGCCAUCACAGCUUCAAUAAUGACAAACGUUAUUAUGUAACAUCUAGUAUCGAGAAGGAUGUUGAUCGCUUGAUUGAAGAUUUAGACAAAGCAUUUGCUAAGUACCGGGGUGCUUACCACAUUGGCUCAAAAUCUAAAACUUCUGAAACCAGAAAUAGAAAGGGGCAGAGAAAAAAUCAAAGAACAGGAGAUUGAACGCUUCAAAUAACAGACGAAAAAGAGCUUGCAUUAUAUUUAGAUCCUUGGGAGGAGAGCCUGUUGAACUUUGUUAUGAGCCAGAUAUAUAUGGAAUUCAGCAAAUCGAUUUAGUCGAUGAAGAAACAUUACUUUUAUUCACAUCAAAAACCGACAAAGCUUGUCUACGAGAUCUGUCUGAUUCCCAUUGUUUUAUGGGGGAAGCUGAAAAACAAGUUCAUGACUUUUGCUUUACAUAGGAUCAGCUCAAUUAAUUAGAAGACGGGUUAAAAUUGAUCAGUUGUGAAUUUGCUAUUCAUUUUGAUGGAAUAUUUUCAAUAAUCGUUUAACAGCUGUUCGUAUUGAUAUUUGUUACAGUCUAUCAUGAUGCCUGUAUUGAGAAUCUUUUAUUGCGUUUAAGGUGACUCGACCCAGUUUUUUUAGGGGGGUACCAUACUACUUUGAAGCUCUCUGGUAUCCCUACCUUUACUUUUAUCGUAAGUCUAACACAUAGAAUGGAUAACAUAUAGAUCAAUCUACAAUAUAACAUAAAAUUUUUGGCGAUCGGAGUAAAUGUCACGUGGUUAUAAUGCCACGCCCCUUUGAGGUCUGAGUCGAAAAUCUGCUGUUGCCGGCAUUUUUUCGUGAAAAUCUCUCGGCUACACGUAGUGCGCAUUAGUGCCUUGCGCUGAACAGAGUUUCACCAAAAUCGCAAAGACCCAAUUCGAGAAAUUCAGCGGUUUCCAAAUUUAGGUGAUAAUUUAUGCGAAAAUGAUAAGCAAACUUUACACGGAUUAUAUCUAAUAAACUAUGAGAUUCAUCUCUGUAUUUUGGGCAUCCUUAUAACAGAUGGGUCCUUGCAAGUCAGCAAAACGCUUUAGGGCCUUGUAAAUGCGCGCGAUUUCGAGCAAAGAAAACAUAUAGAAAUUAUAGUUUUCGCUAUUUGUUGACGUUUGUCAGGUUUUAAGAGUCCUUCUCACGAAAAAAGCAUUUUCUUAAAAAUUCCUAGUUUUUUUUCCUUCAAAUUUUUUCAGGGCCACAAUUGAUUAACUAACUACCCGGACUCUGAAUUUCAUGGUCAUUGAAAAACUGUGAAAUUACCUUCUAUAAGCCCAAACUUGAGUAAACAUUGAACAUUUUUAGCGUUUUGGCUGAGUUUGUGCUUUGGGAGUUGUCUAUUGUUUCUAUUCUGUCAUUAUACAGCAUUCUAAUAUAUAUUAUCCGUGUAAAGUUUGCUUAUCAUUUUCGCAUAAAUUAUGACCUAAAUUUGGAAACCGCUGAAUUUCUCGAAUUGGGUCUUUGCGAUUUUGGUGAAACUCUGUUCAGCGCAAGGCACUAAUGCGCACUAUGUAUAGCCGAGAGAUUUUCACGAAAAAAUGCCGGCAACAGCAGAUUUUCGACUCAGACCUCAAAGGGGCGUGGCAUUAUAACCACGUGACAUUUAAUCCGAUCGCAAAAAAUUUUAUGUUAUAUUGUAGAUUGAUCUAUAUGUUAUCCAUUCUAUGUGUUAGACUUACGAUAAAAGUAAAGGUAGGGAUACCAGAGAGCUUCAAAGUAGGAUGGUACCCCCCCCAAAAAAACUGGGUCGAGUCACCUUAAUUUUAUUUACAUUUCGAAUAAAACUUAAGGCCCCCCUCCGUCAAAUGAGUGAUUUGACUUUGAGCCCCCUUAUCUUGGCAGCAAUUUUAUGUAAUGCCCCCUCUAGUUUCUCAGCCCCCCCCCCCCUCCUGAUAAUUAUUGCACAGUCCCUUAUGUUAUCAUUACUUAGCUUAGGGCGCAAACAAAAAAUUCUCCAAAUCCAUUUCGAAUUCGCAUUUUCCUCUUUCUUUCUUACUUAUUUGGAACUGAAACGAUAAAAACGUUGAUACACUUCCGUAGUUCCCCCAAACCAUACCCGAUUUCAGACCAAAAUGGGUAAAAAAGGGGUAAUGGGUUCAUGAUAGCCGUCACGAAUAUAGGGACAUUCCAUGACCACUUUGCCCACUAUGAGAAAGUUGAUGUUUGAUGUAGUUGGUGCAUUUAGAGUAGUUGGUGUAUUUGCUGAAGCUGGUGUAGUUAGUGUAGUUGCUGUAGUUGCUGUAGUUGGUGUAGUAUGUGUAGUUGGUGUAGUUAGUGUAGUUGGUGUAGUUAGUGUACGUAGUUGGUGUAGUAUAUGUAGUUGGUGUAGUAUACGUAGUUGGUGCAGUUGCUGUAGUUGGUGUAGUUAGUGUAGUUGGUGUAGUUGGUGUAGUUGGUGUAGUAUGUGUAGUUGGUGUAGGUAGUGUUGUUGGUGUAGUUAAUGUAGUUGGUGUAGUUAGUGUAGUUGGUGUAGUAUAUGUAGUUGGUGUAGUUUGUGUAGUUGGUGUAGUAUAUGAGUCUAGUGUUCUGUAGCGUGUGAUAUAUUAUAUCUGUUUAAUAUUGUGAGUGUCUACCAGUAUGCCGGCUAUUAAUUGCGACCAAUUUACUAAAAUUUUAGACGACAAACUCGACAAACGUUGAUACACUCCCGUAGUUCCCCCAAACCAUACCCGAUUUCAGACCAAAAUGGGUAAAAAAGGGGUAAUGGGUUCAUGAUAGCCGUCACGAAUAUAGGGACAUUCCAUGACCACUUUACCCACUAUGAGAAAGUUGAUGUUUGGUGUAGUUGGUGCAGUUAGAGUAGUUGGUGUAUUUGCUGAAGCUGGUGUAGUUAGUGUAGUUGGUGUAGUUGCUGUAGUUGGUGUAGUAUGUGUAGUUGGUGUAGUUAUUGUAGUUGGUGUAGUUAGUGUACGUAGUUGGUGUAGUAUAUGUAGUUGGUGUAGUAUGUGUAGUUGGGGUAGUUGGUGUAGCUGGUGUAGUUAGUGUAGUUCGCGUAGUUACUGUAGUUGGUGUAGUAUAUGUAGUUGGUGUAGUUGGUGUAGUAUGUGUAGUUGGUGUAGUUAGUGUAGUUGGUAUAGUGAGUGUAGUUGGUGUAGUAUAUGUAGUUGGUGUAGUUGCUGUAGUUGCUGUAGUUGGUGUAGUAUGUGUAGUUGGUGUAGUUACUGUAGUUUGUGUAGUAUAUGUAGUUGGUGUAGUAUAUGUAGUUGGUGCAGUUGCUGUAGUUGGUGUAGUUAGUGUAGUUGGUGUAGUUGGUGUAGUUGGUGUAGUUGGUGUAGUUGGUGUAGUAUGUGUAGUUGGUGUAGGUAGUGUUGUUAGUGUAGUUGGUGUAGUUAGUGUAGUUGGUGUAGUAUAUGUAGUUGGUGUAGUUUGUGUAGUUGGUGUAGUAUAUGAGUCUAGUGUUCUGUAGCGUGUGAUAUAUUAUAUCUGUUUAAUAUUGUGAGUGUCUACCAGUAUGCCGGCUAUAAAUUGCGACCAAUUUACCAAAAUUUUAGACGACAAACUCAUUCCACUUAACUCGACAAUCUCCGAGUUAAAAAAAUCAGUUAAUGAGGCGGUGAGUCUGGGUAACUUUAAAAUGGAAAUAAUACUGUUUUGCAAUGUAUGAAUUUUAGUCUCUUUAUAUACUGGUAGUUUACUUAACUAUUUGUGUGUGUUUCUCUGUUUUCUUUGUUCUUGUGUCCCUGACCUAAACAUUUAAACAUCUUUUCUUUUUACUGGCUGCCUGGCAUUUUUAACUCUUAGGUUAUUUCGGGCAGCCAGCGCCCCUAUCAUCGUCUGUACUAUUGUUAUUCCUUGUAUAUUAUGGGGUGAAAUAAAGUGUUGUUGUUGUUGUUGUUGUUGUAGUUGGUGUAGUAUGUGUAGUUGGUGUAGUUAGUGUAGUUGGUAUAGUCAGUGUAGAUGGUGUAGUAUAUGUAGUUGGUGUAGUUGCUGUAGUUGGUGUAGUAUGUGUAGUUGCUGUAGUUAGUGUAGUUGGUAUAAUCAGUGUAGUUGGUGUAGUUACUGUAGUUGGUGUAGUAUAUGUAGUUGGGGUAGUAUGUGUAGUUGGUGUAGUUAGUGUAGUUGGUGUAGUUAGUGUAGUUGGUGUAGUUACUGUAGUUGAUGUAGUAUAUGUAGUUGGUGUAGUUGGUGUAGUACUCACGGUCCGUAUGCUGAGGACAUACGGAGCGUGCAUCUCAUUAUUACAUGAGUGCACAAUGCGUUACGGUUCGUUCGAUCCGUACGGUCCGAAGACAUACAGAGCGUGCAUCUCAUUAUUACAUCAGGGCACAGUGCGUUACCGUUCGUUCGAUCCGUACAGUCCGAAGACAUACGGAGCGUGCAUCUCAUUAUUACAUGAGGGCACAAUGCGUUACGGUUCGUUCGAUCCGUACAGUCCGUAGACAUACGGAGCGUGCAUCUCAUUAUUACAUCAGGGCACAAUGCGUUACGGUUUGUUCGAUCCGUACAGUCCGUAGACAUACGGAGCGUGCAUCUCAUUAUUACAUCAGGGCACAAUGCGAUACGGUUCGUUCGAUCCGUACGAUCCGCACGGCAAGAGAGGCGCACUCCAACUGUAAUAUUCCUCGUUCUAUAAACCAUAAACCAACACAAGCGCAAAAACCAAGAAAGGCACACUCCAAAUGUAAUAUGUAAUUUUCCUUCUUCUGUAAUUCAAAACAACCCAAAAACCACAGUAUGCACGCUCUAAGUUUUAUGCUUGUGUCUAAAUGUGAUGUUCUUGUAAGUCAAAAACCAAAAGACGCGCGCUUCAAAUGUAAGAACAAUCGUCAGUAAGUUUAUAAUUAAUAUAAGCACGCACCGAAUGUAAAGGCAAGAUAAGCAAGCACCAAAAAUGUAAUAUUCAAAUGUAGUAUUUCUUUAUGUAACCAAGAUAAGCGUGCUCUAUAGAAAUUUAAUGUUCCUUCUCUAUACGCCAAAAACAAAAGCAAGCGCACUUUAAAUGCAAAUGUUCUUCGCUUGCUUUUCUUACUACGUUUGCUGCACAAAACAAAUGUAAUAUUCAUUAUGAAAUCUAAUAUCACAAACGAGGGCACCCGCGCUUCAAAUGUAACAAUCGCCUCGUUUUAUAUAAGCUGUCAAAUUUUUCGCAAUAAGCACGCAGUACUUUGUAUAACCAUGAUAAACAUACUCUAUAUCAAUUUAAGUUUCCUUUUUCUAUACGCUAAAAACAAAAGCAAGCACACUUUAAACGUAACUUUUCUGCGGCAAAACUGUAAGAACAAUCGUCUGCAGUUUAUGAAAUAGGAAUGUUGAUGCGAACAUAUUUUCACAACGAAGUGUAGUCGUCAAAUACUACUUAAAAAGUACUGUUAUUGGUUAGAGACUUGGUGGCUCCUAAAAGAGCCUUUUUUUGUGUCCUGCAGUGCAGGGUUUUUCCUUUUUUUAUGAUUUUUCUUGGAUUUUCUAGGUUUUUCUGCUGCGUCUUGUUGGUUCUGUGAUUACUGUUUCGGUAGUCCAUUUAAAUAAAAAGGUUUGUUGUGGUCUACGUCAAAGUAGAACCUUUGCCUUUGACAGGUAUCUGAUGGUCUCUCUAUAUUCGUCGACCCAAGACAUCUACCCACAAUAGUAGAGUUAUGGUUUCUCAGUAUUAUUCAACAGUGGGAAACUGGUUGUUUGAGACCACUCGUUAAUCUAUAUGUGUGAUAGUAGCAACCAAUCACCAUCGACUGUUUACUAACUUUAAGCAUUUAAUUUUGUCACACCUUUCUGUUUCUUUAUAAUUAUUUCACAUCUCAUUGUUAAUAUAUCAUUGGGGCAUUUAUUAUUCACAUUUUAUUUUUUCUCACAUCCUCUCUUAUUAUUGUUACGCAUCAUUUUCCUAUGAUGUACCUGCUGCUAAAAAUGCUACUUAACCCACAAUCUAGUACAUGUAGAUGUUCCAGUUCAAUUUUGUGUUGUGGAUCAAUUUUAUCCUUGGUUUAAUUCAUAUUUCCCAAAUUUGUCUUGUGCUAUAAUGUUUGAAAAGGAAGAAAAUACAGUUCAAAUCAAGAGUAACAUUUCACCAAUACACAUAAGUUAUAACCCAUGAUAUGGUUUGAAAUAUUCGUUUCGGGUCGCCAACUUAGACACCGUAAAAGGUACUCAAGAAAAAACGCGUGCUGAAAAAGGGCAAAAAGUAAAGAAAGUGAACACUGUAAUGCAGUUAGAAUUUUAGCCAAGAGAUUGUAAAAUAUUGCACUCUGGACACUGAGUAUACAUAACAGUCAAUGUAAAAUUAUCAUAAUAUUUGCAAUUACACUGCCUCGAGUUUACAGCAUCAUAGUAUUGAAUAUCUCUCUUAUAAUUUAUCUCCUAAGGUAUAGGGACCCAAUGAUCCCCAACGUGAACCUCGUUCACUUUACGGACCGAAGAGAGCUCUUCACAAACCGUAUACCACUUUCGUCGGUCCGUACCGUCCUUACAGAUCGAAAAACGGUAAAUACCCACUCUUGCCAUUAAAAUAUUCUAGGUCCCACUAAUUAGAUGCGAUUUACUUACCGUAAAACACUCUCUACAGACCGUAUACCCCUUUUGUCGAUCCGUUCGAUCCGUACGGAUCGACAAACCGUAUAUAACCACUCUUGCCAUGAAAAUAUUCUAAGUCCCACUAAUGAGAUGCGAUUUACGGACCGUAAAGCACUCUUUACAGACCGUAUACCCCUUUUGUCGAUCCGUUCGAUCCGUACGGAUCGACAAACCGUAAAUAACCACUCUUGCCAUGAAAAUAUUCUAAGUCCCACUAAUGAGAUGCGAUUUACGGACCGUAAAACACUCUUUACAGACCGUAUACCCCUUUUGUCGAUCCGUUCGAUCCGUAUGGAUCGACAAACCGUAUAUAACAGCCCUUCCCAUGAAAUAUUCUAAGUCCCACUAAUGAGAUGCGAUUUACGAACCGCAAAACACACUUUACAGAACGUAUACCCCUGUUAUCGAUCCGUUCGAUCCGUACGGAUCGACACAUAGCUUAUACAGACCGUUACGGUGCGGGUGUAUUGGACAACCCUCUGUGUAGUUGGUGUAGUAUAUGUAGUUGCUGUAGUUGCUGUAGUUGGUGUAGUUAGUGUAGUUGCUGUAGUUGCUGUAGUUGGUGUAGUAUGUGUCGUUGCUGUAGUUGCUGUAGUUGGUGUAGUAUGUGUGGUUGGUGUAGUAUAUGUAGUUGGUGUAGUUAGUGUAGUUGGUGUAGUAUGUGCCUUUGGUAUAGUUAGUGUAGUUGGUGUAGUUACUGUAGUUGGUGUAGUUGCUGUAGUAUACGUAGUUGGUGUAGUAUGUGUAGUUGGUGUAGUUAGUGUAUUUGGUAUAGUCAGUGUAGUUGGUGUAGUUGCUGUAGCAUGUGUAGUUGGUGUAGUUAGUGUAGAUGGUAUAGUCAGUGUAGUUGGUGUAGUUACUGUAGUUGGUGCAGUAUGUGUAGUUGGUGUAGUUUGUGUAGUUGAUGUAGUUUGUGUAGUUCGUGUAAUUACUGUAGUUGGUGCAGUAUAUGUAGUUGGUGUAGUUGCUGUAGUUGGUGUAGUAUGUGUAGUUGGUGUAGUUAGUGUAGUUGGUGUAGCAUAUGUAGUUGGUGUAGUUGCUGUAGUUGCUCUAGUUAGUGUAGUUGGUGUACUUAGUGUAGUUGCUGUAGUUGGUGUAGUAUGUGUAGUUGGUGUAGGUAGUGUAGUUGGUGUAGUAUAAUAUGUAGUUGGUGUAGUACGUGUAGUUGGUGUAGUUGGUGUAGUUUGUGUAGUUCGUGUAAUUACUUUAGUUGGUGUAGUAUAUGUAGUUGGUGUAGUUGGUGUAGUUGGUGUAGUAUGUGUAGUUGGUGUAGUUAGUGUAGUUGGUAUAGUCGGUGUAGUUGGUGUAGUUACUGUGGUUGGUGUAGUUAGUGUAAUUGGUGUAGUUACUGUAGUUGGUGUAGUUGCUGUAGUUAGUUGGUGUAGUAUAUGUAGUUGGUGUAGUUGCUGUAGUUGGUGUAGUAUGUGUAGUUGGUGUAGUUAGUGUAGUUUGUAUAGUUAGUGUAGUUGGUGUAGUAUACGUGGUUGGUGUAGUUGCUGUAGUUGGUGUAGCUGCUGUAAUUGGUGUAGUAUGUGUAGUAUAUGUAGUUGGUGUAGUUAGUGUAGUUAGUGUAGUAUAUGUAUUUUGUGUAGUAGCUGUAGUUGCUGCAGUUACUGUAGUUGGUGUAGUUAGUGUAGUUGGUGUAGUUGGCGUAGUUAGUGUAGUUGCUGUAGUUGGUGUGGUUAGCGUAGUUGCUGUAGUUGGUGUAGUAUGUGUAGUUGCUGAAGUUGCUGUGGUUCGUGUACUUGCUGUAGUGAAUGUGGUAUGUGUAGUUAUUGUGUUUGGUGUAGUUACUGUAGUUUGGGAUAGUUGGUGUAUUUUGGUGUAG